CUGAACCUCAUUCUCUCUCAAUUUCACCGCUUCUCCUUCACCGUUACCUCUCCAACGCAAGUUCGGCUCUUCUUCUCCAUAGUUCUUUCUCAGCCUUAUCGUUUCAGCAGCUAUAAGCAUUCAGCAAGGAUCGAUUACUAUUUCACCUUCGGCACACCAGAAGACUUGUCAAUUUUUUUCCCAGCAGUUGAUUGAAGAGCUUGUUUAUUACCUCAAUCAGGUAUUGGUUUGGCCCCCUACUCUUUGUAUUUCUUUUGCCAAUAAACUGGUAUGGUGUUUCCUAGCCCCUACCCCAAAAAACCUUUCAUUUUUUUUUGUUUUAAUACCGGGUCCAAAUAAAAACUCAUGUACUUCAAAAUAAAAUAAGUGGCAAGCCGCCAAAACCGAAACUUAAAGGAUGCUUUGAAAUUGAAUCUCUUUAAUUUUCAUAUGAUAAGGGACACUCCAGUUAGAAAUCUUUAUCUUGUUAUUGAUAUCAAUUACCUCACUAGAUCUUAUGCUUUUGAUACUCUUGACUUUUUGACAUUCAAAUAAAUGCGUUUCUACAACUGCGUGUGAGCUUAAGUUAAUGUGUUACCUGAUUUGCUUAGCUUGUUAGUGUGUCAUGUUGGCAUUUUCACUAUAUCAUAGCUAGUGUGUAAUUUACUAAGUGACCUCUUAUGUGAUUGUUUGUUAUGAAUGACCAAUUAGAUUUGGUUUAGUUUCAUUUUAAUAUUAGAGAAAUUGCUUCCACCAACCAUCAUGCAAGAGAUGAUGGAUAAAGUUUGGGUGUGGCUCCACGGGUAAGAAUAUCAUCUUAGUUUAUUACUCCUCUAGUACUAAAAAGUGUAGCUGUAUAACUAGAUAUAGAAUGUACUUGUUCUUGCUAUUCUGAAAAUCAUAGAUCCACUCUCGAGUACCAGCAAAAAGCAUUAAAGUUUGUGCAUACGGCUGAAAGGAAUCUGGGAUAUCCUGCAAGGAUGUUCUGCCCUUGCAAAGAUUGUCGUAAUAUGAGCCGUCAAGAUGGGAGUACUAUAUUUGAACACUUGGUUACUAAGGGGAUGGACCUUUCAUACCGAAUGAAGCCAUGUUGGACUAAGCAUGGGGAAAAAAAAGAAACUAAUGAGAAGCUUGAUUCUGAAACUGCUAGUGACGAGACUUAUAAUUUAUUCCAAGCUGCCUACUUUAUGGAUGAAGAACUUUCCCGGGCAAUACCUAUUGAUGAACCUACAAGUCGUAAUAGUGAUGAUGAAUUCAUGAAGAAGCUCGAAGAAGCACAAACUCCUUUGUAUCCAGGAUGCAAAACAUACACAAAGUUGUUAGCUAUUGUAGAUCUGUAUGGUCUUAAGGGUCGGAGUGGAAUUUCAAGUAAAUUUUUUAAUGAGCUAUUAAGUAUAAUUCAGCGCAUGUUGCCAAAGGAAAAUGUUUUACCAGAUUCAGUUACAUCAAUCAAGCGCUUCUUCAAGAGAUUUAACAUGGGGUAUGAAAAGAUUCAUGCUUGUGUGAAUGAUUGUUGUCUCUUUAGAAAGGAGUAUGCAAAUUUGGAUAAUUGUCCGAAAUGUGGCGCAUCACGGUGGAAGAUAAAUAAGCGUACAAACCAAAUACGAAAAGGUGUUCCAGUUAAAGUUUUGAGAUACUUUCCUGUUAUUCCCAGAUUCAAAAGGAUGUUUAGGUCCUUUCAAAUGGCUCAAGAUUUAAGAUGGUACUUUACUAAUAAAAGCACUGAUGGGAAGAUGCGUCAUCCUGUUGAUUCUUUGGCUUGGGAUGUAGUUAACAGUAAAUGGCCCUCAUUUGCAGUUGAUUCACGCAAUCUCAGACUUGGACUUUCUACAGAUGGUUUCAAUCCAUUCUCUAUCUUAAGUUCUAAAUAUAGUUGUUGGCCAGUAAUGCUUGUAAAUUACAAUCUGUCUCCUACAAUGUGCAUGAAAAAAGAGAAUAUUAUGUUGACCUUAUUGAUUCCUGGUCCAAAGCAACCAGGAAACGAUAUAGAUAUCUAUUUGCAACCACUAGUUGAUGAUUUGCAAUUGUUGUGGCAGAACGGUAUUGAGGCUUAUGAUGCAUUUACCAACUCAACUUUUAACUUGAAAGCAAUGUUGAUGUGGACCAUAAAUGAUUUUCCAGCAUAUGGGAAUCUUGCUGGUUGUUCUACAAAAGGUAAAAAAGCAUGCCCUAUAUGUGGGAAAAAUACACAUAACAGAUGGUUACGCUUUAGCAAGAAAUUUGCAUACAUGGGUCACAGAAAGUUCCUAAAGCCGUCACAUCCAUACCGGAAAAAGAAAGCAUGGUUUGAUAAUAGUGUGGAAAAUGGUAGCAAGCCCCGAGUACUUACUGGUCACAAUAUUUCAGCGGUAUUAAAAGAUUUUCCCAAUAGCUUUGGAAAAGGUGGAGAAAAAAAAAGAAAGAGAAAGAGUAAUGAAUUUGAUGGUGAUGAUGUGUUUGAAGAUGAGACAAGUAACAUCGAUAAUCAGAAUGAGCUUAGUAGGUGGAAGAAAAGAUCAAUCUUCUUCUCCUUGCCAUAUUGGGAGGAACUUCUGCUACGUCAUAACUUAGAUGUAAUGCAUAUAGAGAAAAACAUUUGUGAGAGCCUUAUAAGCACUCUAUUGCACAAUGCAAAAUCCAAAGAUGGCAUUAAUGCUCGUAAGGACUUGGAAGAUAUUGGGAUUAGAAAUGAUUUACAUCCAGAACAGCGUGGGACCAGAAUGUACCUCCCACCAGCACCACAUACAUUUUCAAAGUCUGAAAAGAAGAAAUUUUGCAAGAGGGUAUAUGAUUUCAAAGGUCCUGAUGGUUACUGCUCAAACAUUGGGAAUUGCAUAGCACUGGAAGAGUGUAAAAUUAUGGGUCUUAAAUCACAUGAUUACCAUGUUCUAAUGCAGCAGUUAUUGGCGGUUGCUAUAAGAGGGUUGUUACCGAAAGAAUGUCAGAAAGCGAUAAUUCGCUUAUCAAGAUUCUUCAAUACAUUAUGUCAACGUGCAAUUGAUAGUGAAAAGCUAUUGAGCCUUGAAUAUGAGAUCAGUGAGAUUUUAUGUCAACUUGAACGCUUUUUCCCACCAUCAUUUUUUGAUAUAAUGAUACAUUUACCAAUUCAUCUGGCAAGAGAGGCACGCUUGUGUGGUCCUGUCCAUUUUCGUUGGAUGUAUCCUUUUGAGAGGUACAUGAAGGCACUGAAAAAAUGUGUGAGGAAUACUGCAAGACCUGAGGGGUGUAUUGCAGAGUCUUAUUUGGCCGAAGAGUGCAUUGCCUUUUGUCGUGAGUUUCUGGAAAAAUCUUUACAUGUCGAGGAAAAUGAAGUUCGUAAUGUAGAAUUUGAAAAUGAUACCAUUCUUGAAGGACGUCCUAUAUCCAAAACCACUGCAAUCAUGCUUACUGACAAAGAGAAAAAUAUUGCACAUCGUUCAGUGAUACUAAACACAUCAAUAAUGGAUCCAUUUGUUCAAAUGCACUUAGAGGAGCUGCAAUCAAAACACAAACAACUUGAGAAAAAUCAGACCAUAUUGUGGAAGCAACAUAAUGAAAAAAUUACAGAAUGGAUAAAAGCUAAGAUUCCUAUCACCUCAACUAAUCACUCAAAGACAUUAAGAUGGUUGGCAUAUGGUCCUAAGAAGAGUGCAUUGUCAUGCAAGGGAUACAUUAUCAAUGGGAUGCGCUUCCAAACAAAAUAUAUUGAUAGGGAAACACAAAAUAGUGGUGUGACUUAUGAUGCCAUAACCAUGUGCAGAGCAAGUGCAAAAGAUACAGCACAUGUGGUCGACCUAGUUUCAUUUUAUGGGGUAUUAACAGAAAUUAUUUUACUGGACUACCAUGUCUUUUAUGUUCCUAUCUUUAAGUGUGAUUGGGCAAAUAAAGGAAAUGGUGUCAAGGAAGAAGAUGGAUUCACACUUGUAAACCUACAGCAAAAUCAAGUUCCAUUUGCCAGAGAUCCGUACAUCCUAGCAUCACAAGCAAAACAAGUUUUUUAUUCAAGAGAUGAUGAUUCAUCUAAUUGGUAUGUGGUAAUGAAGGCACCACCAAGAGGUUAUCAUGAGUUGGAAACAAAUGAAGAGAGUGGAAAUAUAUCUUUCCGGACAUCCCAGACUGAAAUGGAUAUUGAUGAUUGUGAAGAGGAUAGUAAUGUUAGGGUGGAUUGUGAAGGACUAAUUGGGGAGGAGAUGAAUUAGUAGUUAUACUUCAGUGUUCGAACUAUCAUAUCAUUUUAGUUGCCACUUGACAAUUUUUUUGGUGUUUGUCAAUGUUUUUAUAUGUGAUUUUGGUAUUGGUUAUACUCUACAACGUUUGAUUAAUAUUGUCUUUUUUAGUUUAUAUGUGUGUAUACUUAUCUUUGUUCUAAUAGAUAAACGAUAAUGGUUGGUGAGAGUACAAAGGUCUGUCGGCGUAAAAGAAAAAAGAACAGGGUAAAUAGUGGAAUGUCUGUAGACUUGGAUGCAAGGGGUGUGAAUUCAAUGGAGGGUUGUGGACAAGUCACUGUCGAAGUACCACAAAAUGAACCAGUUAGAGACAUAGAUAGUCAUGAUGAAGACAUGGAUCAACAAAACCACGCCGCUAGUGCUGCUCAGGUACAAGAUAAAAUUGAAGAAGCAAGAGUGAAAAGAAACAAAAGGGGCCCCACAAAAAUGAAAAGACUUGCUAGGGACCCUGCAGACAGAAUCCAAAUUCAAUACACUGAUUUAGGUGAACCAUAUGGACCCGGAUCAGUACAAUUAUCAUCAUUUUUGGGCACUCUUGUACGGGAGCGUGUACUCUUGUACCGGAUCAGUAAAAUUUGUUUUAUGGGAAGAAGUUCAGACAAGAUUUGUAUUAGAAGAAGAAUGAGAAAAGCAUUAUGUGUUUAAAUCAAUGGGAUGUCUUUGGCGUGCCUCAAAAUCACGACUGGUUUCCAAAAUUCGAGCAACAAAGAAAAAGGAGCAGAGACUUAAGCUGAAACCAGAUAACAUACCAUCUUUGGCAGCUUGGAAAAGAUUUAUAAAGAUAAAAACAAGCCCAUCAUUUAAGGCCAUAAGUGAUAAGUUUAAAGCCAUGAGGCGCAAACAAAUGCCACAUACUUGUAGUCGUAAAGGAAUGGUUCGACUGGCUGUUGAUAUGAAAAGAGCUAGUGCUGAUCCAUCAACUGUAUCAAGAGUUAAAGUUUGGAUCAAAGGUCACACUAAAAAGGAUGGUACAGCAGUGAAUUCAACUGUUGGUGAAACCAUUGAUAAGCUGAAAGAAAUUGAAAGUGAUACGCCUUCAUCCUCAUCAACUAAUAUAAGAGAAGAUGCUCUUUCUCAAGUAUUGGGAAAAGAUAAACCUGGACAACUGAGAGGAAUGGGAAGGGGAGCUACUAUAAGUAAAAUAUCUUUUUUACAAGCAAGAGAUAAGCACGUGGUUCAACUAAAAGAGGAAAAUGUUGAGUUUCGAAGUAGGAUACAACACUUGGAGAAUCUCGUCCAAAAAUUAGUUGCAGUCCAUGGGAAUGAGGAAGCUGAUCAUGAUCCUGGAGUUGAUAAGACAAGUCAUUUGGGCAUGCGUCCUAAACUCCAUGGUAAGUGCAACCUUUUAGAUUGGUGUGGAAAAGAUGAGGUUGUAGCUGAAGGACACUUGUGCUCUAGUGACCCAAAAGGGCUUGUUAAUAAUGCUCCUCUUGGACCUAAUGCAAUGGAAGUGAUGGUCGACAUUACAAAUAAACCAGAUGCUUUUCUUUGGAGACCUACAUCUAAUAUGUUAUGCAUGAAACAAGCUGUUGGUAAGACAAUUGCAUGGCCAGCUGAUAAGGUGGUGAGGCAGAUUACUCAAAAUUCUGAAAAUGAAGAUAAUACCUCCUUAAAUAUGGAUACAAAUAUUAGCCAUAUCAGGUGUAAGAUAUUCAAUUGGACUGGAAAAGAUGAAAUUGUUGCUCAAGGUCAUUGGAUUUCUAGUGAUCCAAAAAUGAUUGUUAAUGGUAUUCCACUCGGACCUUAAGCCAUGAUUGUUUGGAUUGAUGACAUUAUAAGUCCUGAAUGUUUUUUGUGGAGACCUACACUAGACAUGACAUCCAUCAAAGAUGUUAGGGGAACCAAAAUAGCAUGGCCUAGUGAUAAGGUUGUAUUAGAAAAUAUCUCUAAUCACAAUUUGCAGUCUGCAAACAAAUCAUCAUCUUCUCAGGUACUUAUAUUUGUUUAUUAGCAUUAAUUUGGUACGCCUAGGAUCCCUGAUGCAGUUCUUUGGAGGCCAACAUCUGAGUUGGAGUGUAUUGAAGAUGCGGUUGGUACUACAAUAGCUUGGCCAUCAAACAAAGUUGUUAUGCUUUAAUAUGCUGAAAUUUUGGGCUCAAUUAGUGAAGAUGAAGUCAUAUGUGAUGCUGAAUAGUCACCAACUUUUUUACUACUAUGUUUGAUGUAUCACCAUCUUGGAUGAUUGAAGAUAACUUUUUAAUUUGUUUUUGUAAUAUACUGAAUUUGUUAGAGAAUGUUAUGGAUUUAAAGUUGUGUCAAUUAGUACUUUUAAAUGAAGUGUCUAUAUGAA